AUGGAAUUGAUAGAGUACAUGUUAAAAAACUUGUCUCUGUCAAUGGAGGGACAGGGGAGACCCAGAGGAGAUCCCAACCUUCCGCAACCAUCCCCCAUCCUCCCAUCUAGACCACUGGCAGAACGGGGCCGGAGACGGUUCCGGGAUGAAUCUCCACCCCGCAGAGCCCGGCCAUCAGUAUCCGCACUCCGUAAAGGAAUCCGAAACCAGACUGAGGUCCAGAAAGAUGUAGAGCAUGUCUUCCAGAAUAAAGACCCUCCAAAGCCUGGGGAUAUGAUUCAUUUCCAGAUGCUUGGAUUCCAGCAUUGGGGUAUCUACGUAGGAGAUCAGGAAGUAGUGCAUUUUGCAUGGCCAGUCGUUUGGGUAUUUCCACCAAAGUUUAAGGUCCGAAAAGAAAAAAAUGAGGAUGUCCAAGGUGCUCUGAAAUCUGCUGUGUGGAACAAAUUUGAUAAAAAUUAUCCUCCCUUGGAUCCUGACCACGUGGUGGAAAGAGCUCUGCACAUGGUGGGCAAAAUCUUAAAAUACGAUCCCGGGUCUGCUAACUGUGAGCACUUUGCCACAUUGAUGAGAUACGAUGCUGCUCUAUCUGGACAGGCAGAAAGAUUUAACUUUACUGCAGAUCCAGAUUUCGUGAGUGAGGUUAAAAGAUACCUAUCUCAGAUGGAUAGUUGAAGUGGUGAAUGUCUUUAAAUCUUCCAGAAGCAGACUCCUUUAGCCU